AUGGAUAGAAUAUCAAACCUCCACUUUGGUUCACCAGGAAAUUCACUUGAAAUACGUGUCUUGCGAAAAUGGACACUACAAUUCAGAAAGGACGAGACAUGGUUUAUCGUGAUUGAUGAGCAUGGAGAUACAAUUCAGCUACUUGCACAAAAGACAAAUCAAGGAUCCAUAGAAACUUCAUUACUACUCUCUCGAUGUUAUCGUAUUAAGGACUAUACAUGCACUGAGCCAGACAAAUAUCAAAAGGUCUUAGAUCACCCAGUACACAUGAAUAUUGGUGAAGAAUCAACAAUUGAGGAAAUUCCAAACCGCAAUGCACUUCCACUAACAUGGUUCCGCUUCAGUCCAAGAUCACACUUUCAAAUGAUAGCAGACAAAAACUUGGAGCAUCCAGAUUUCAUAGGCAUGAAAAUUAGUGCGGAGGAGAUUACCAUACUCUUAUGGAAGGAAUGCAUAGAUUCGCCAGACAAAUUCAAUCGAAAUGCCCUUACAUCAAACUCUAACACGGUGGUACUAGCUUUCACCAAUGUCAAGUCCAUUAUGUACAAUGGAAAAUUAACAUUGACAAGCACCAGCGCAACACACAUGUACGUCAAUCCCAAAAUACCAGAAACGGACACACUCAUUACAAGAUUUGGUACCCAAUUUCACUCAAAAUCAUCAUCAACUGUGAUAAAUACUACAUUACAACGCUUAAAGAGCUCAGAUUUCUCUCAAAUAGUGACCAUACUAUCUGAUUUCACAUUCAAAGAUGUAUGGUACCACGUUACAUGUACCACAUGUGGUAAAUCAACACACAAAAAAGAUAUAAAAUCUCAGCAGUACUCACAGACAAUACAGAUACCACAACAGUUUUCAUGUCUAAAUGAAGCAACCUGUACUUUUCUAAAUGCGACUGCACAAGAAAUCAUAGACCGCUUUCCCAGUCAAGAUAGAAAAACUUUACCUGAACCACUCGAACGUUGUAAAGGGUUGACAAAGAAUGUCUAUGUAGAAUGCACAAAACUUUCUUCCACUAGAAAUAUCCGUUUCACAGUCACCACAAUUAGUGACAUAAAAACACCACAACCAACAAUCUUAUCAACACAAAAAACACAAACUACACCUUCAACACCAAUGGAACAACAAACCACAACAACUAUGGAGUCCCUCACCCCUACUAAAUCACGUGAAACUGGAAAACGACUCCAAAUGGAACAUACAGACACACCAAAAAAACCACGUCCCAAACAAGAGAAAUACAUAAACCACGGCGAAGCAGACGAAGGAACACAUGCCAAAAAGCAAUGA